ACGAACGGUAGCCCCACGUGUGGGCGAGUAUUUUUGCUGUCAAACGAUGCUGCGCUGCUCUAGUUCGCUAUCUACGCCGCUGCGCCGCGCCUUCCACGCGUCUGCAGGACGCCACGCCAUCCAGACGGUUAAUGUUCCGUCAAUGGGAGACUCUAUCAGCGAGGGUACGCUUGUAGAGAUCGUCAAAAAGGCUGGAGACGCCGUGCAUGCCGACGAAGUGGUGCUCGUACUGGAGACCGACAAGGUAAGUGUGGAUGUGACUAGCCCUGUGGCUGGCACCGUCGUGGAAGUGUUGGCCCAGUUGGAGGACAACGUCGAGGUUGGUAAACCCCUCUUCACGCUGGACGACGCGUUGGCCCCCAGCGGAUCCAGCGCAUCUGCACAGACAUCCACUUCCUUAUCACUGGAUACUGAACCGACUGCUGCUGUUGCUGCUUCUUCUGUGGCAUCAUCUGGGAAUCGCGUACCGCUGAUCAAGUUCCUAGGCAAGCGCUCGUUGCUGCCGCAGAAGCCAUCACCGCUAUUGAAGCCGCUGGGGACACUGCGCUCUGUGCCUGUGCAUCCGUCCAGAGCUGAUGUUCUUCCCUUCAGCAGUGCGAAGCACUUGCCGCUGUCACCCGCUGAAGUGGAGUCGAUCAACUCGGGCCUCGCGUUUUUGUAAGGUUGUGAUCAUGCGAUGAGAUACUGUUGAUAGCUCUUGGAAGUAGCCUGCAGUCGAUAGCACUACAAUACUAAGUAAAAAGGACGACAGCACUGAAGGACGGUGAAAGCCUAUUCAAGAUGAGUAUA